AUGGAGACACCAGAACCUGAAGUUGUCAUCGAGACACCACCCAGUCCUGUUUCACCUAGUGCUAUUCCACACAGUCCUAGAGCGUUUACUUGGACCGGAAGACCGAUCAGAGAGGAGCGUCGUCCCCCAGCUAGAUUCAAAGACUUUAACAUGAGUGUGGAAGACAAUGACUCUGGCAUGACGUAUGUAUACACAAGGAUCAGCAACAUAAUGGCUGACACGAUUGUUAAUAUAUGGGGAGUUGUGAAGUACUACAGACCACCUCAGCGCUGCAGGGGACCAGAUAUUCAUAUGAUGCUUUCCUUGGUCGAUCCUUCCUGCAUUGAUGCGGUCAAAUUGAAAUGCAGCCUGUUCUGUCGAAACGAGGAAGCCCUACCCAAGGUCACGGAGGUCGGCCAGAUUGUGAGAAUGCAUCGAGUCAAGAUUAGCAUGUUUAACAACAACAUUCAGGCGCAGACCUCGGUCGGGUUUGCAUGUCUAGUAUUUACUAGCGGGAUCAACACGCCGCUCGUUCCGAAGACGGGAAGCAAGAGUUACACGUUCGGUGAUGCGGACAUAAAGAAGGUGAAGCAACUCAGGCGCUGGUAUGCAAGGGUGAGAAAUGAAGUGAACGAUAUUUCCAUGACGACGCCGAUGUCACUACGCUCUGUGAGGAAUGAUAUUUCCAUGACCACGCCGAUGUCACCAGGCUCUGUGAGGAAUGAUAUUCCCAUGACCGCGUACAGCGUGCGUGUCAUGCAUGUGCGACUGUAG